AUGGAUUGGGAGACGCGUACACCGAAAGCAGUUCAAGAAAAGAAACAUCUCGAUACGCACUCCAUGGUGGAAGAGUUCAUGCUGCUCGCGAAUAUAUCGGUCGCCGAAAAGAUUCUUGCCGAGUAUCCCGAUUGCGCAAUGCUGCGGCGCCAUCCAGUUCCGACAGAAGCAAGCUACAAACCGCUGAUUGAGUACCAUCUCACUAUACCAGUGUAG